AACUAAAAAAAUAAAAGUAAAAUAAACAAACAGUAAAUUAAUAAGAAUAUGAGAAUGAGUUCAUGUAAGUUUAUUUUAAGGUGAAGCUGAAAGGAUCAGUCAGUAAAAAUCUGGACAGGCAGCAAAACAACAAAAUACAAAUAACAGCAACAUUUUUUCAAAUAAGAUUUAAUGAAGGUGCACCACAGGCUAUGACCUGUCCCAGGAUUUGAACUAACAACCCUCUGGUGAAGAAGAUAAAAACAUUUAAAUAAUUUUCUGUUUUUAAACAUGAUUAUUCUCAAUAGUUUAACAUUAUUCGGUACAUCAUAAUGUUAUUGUAUGUGAUAUUACGAUUAAUAUUUUACUCAAUAAAUCAUAAUUAUUAAUGAGUCACAAAUGGUUAGGUUUGUUAGGUUCUAACAAAUUGUCAAAGGUUUCGCCCCCUCCUGACCGGGAGGGGGCAGUAAUGCAUUAUUAGUACAUGUUUGACAACCGUUAGUACGUUUGCUGCUGCGCAUGCGCAGUCCGUUUGUUGUGAUGCACUGUUUGGCGGUUCAAUCGCAGAUGAAUGAAUGGAUGUCUGUGUCUCUUGUCCUUCACUACAAAUGUCCUAAAUCCAAAAGUCCGUCUUCCGCGCUAACUUGUUAGCCCGUGUUAGCCUGCAGCAGUCAUUAGCCUCUCCUGCUAACAGAUGCUAACAGCAGGUUAACGAACAUGGCGCACUGGAGCACCUUCGAAAAGGAGACGGAGAGAGAGACGAAGAGACUGGUCUCAUGUCUCACUGGAAUCCAGGACGAGGACGAGCAGAACUUUCAGCUGGCGCUGAAGUUCACCUGUUCAAACUUCAGAUUUCAUCGCUACCUGGACGUGGACAGUCAUAAAGUCCAACGCAGCAUCAGAGGGAUCUAUGAGAAGCUUAUGGUUCAUUCUGACCUGAGUAAGGCAGAAAGCUGGAUGAGGCUCACCGAGGAGUUCCUGAACUCACCUUUACCAAACACAGAUGGAACUAAGACUAAUGUUCACUUCAGUGUCCUGUCACUGCUGCUGCUGUUGUCAGGCUCUCCUUCAAACACAAGCUUCACUGAGAGACACAGGGUGAAGGACGCUGAAGCAGAGGACUCCUUUGACUGGGGUAAAUAUCUGACGGAAGGCGAGGACGUGGACAUUGGACCAUAUCCAGACACACCUGAGUGGUCUGAGGAGGAGAGCGAGGAUGAUGACAGUCAGCAGCCAAUCAGCAGAGAGGAUUCUGGGAUCCAGUUGGACAGAACGCCACAGGAGGACCAGGACAACGGCAACAAAGCAGUUCCAGUCACAUGGACAGUCGGUGAACCUGACGCUCGGUCCUGGCUCGAGCAGCACGUAGUGACGCCGUACUGGGUGUCACACGCUCCUCGCUUCCCUCACAGCCUCCACUUACACUCCAACUUACUCAACGUGUGGGAUCAACACUUGUAUAACACUGAUCCUUUGUAUCUGCCGGAAGAAAAAGCCUUUGUCACCGAGACCCAAGUGAUACGGGAGACACUGUGGCUUCUGUCUGGUGUGAAGAAACACUUCAUAUUCCAGCACCACGAUGGAAAAGUGUGUGUGAGGAACAAUGUGGUGGUCACUCAUCUCACCAGUAACUGUCUUCGCUCUGUGCUGGAACACAUCGCCGUGUACGGGCAGGCUGUGUUCAUGCUGCAGAGGUUCAUAGACGAGGUAACGGGCCACAGCUCGGAGCCCGGCCCACCGAGCUCUGGUUCCUCAUACGGCUCCAAGAAAGGUUCUGAUCCUCCCUUCAGGACGUACCAGGCCUUUGUGUGGGCGCUCAACAAGUACUUCACCAGCUUCAAAGAGGAGCUGACCACCAUCGAGAGGGAGCUCAUACGCAACGAUGACACAGUGACUCUGUGUGCAGUUCUGGAGCGACUCAGCUCUCACCUGGCACAGAUCAAAGUCCUGCACAGAGUGUUCUGCACUGGCGUUGCUGAGGUUCCGCCUGAGACGCCCAACGUGGUGCGAGCGUCGCAUUUACUUAACACCCUGUACAAAGCCAUCAUUGAGUAUGACAGUGUUGGAGAAGCAUCAGAGCAAACAGUGGCGCUGUUGUUUUCUCUCUGGACAGAGACGGUCAGACCGUACCUGGAGAUAGUGGACGAAUGGAUUGUUCACGGGCACCUGUUUGACCCCGCAAAAGAGUUCAUCAUCCAAAGGAACAAAGACGUCCCAGUGAACCACAGGGACUUCUGGCACGCCACCUACACCCUGUACAGUGUGUCAGAGACCAACGAGGAGAAGAUGAAUGACGCGGCCAGUGGCAGCUCUGGAGGAGAUCCAGGCUCCAGCAACAGGCAGCUCACCAUGGUGUCCUUCCUCAAACCCGUCCUCAAGCAGAUCAUCAUGGCGGGUAAAUCCAUGCAGCUGCUGAAGAACCUGGACUGUAAGGAGGCCGAGCCUUCACAGAGAUCCUCCAGAGAUGCAGAGAGAAAGAGUCUGUACACGCUGUUCUUAGAGUCGGUGCAGUCUCGUCUCUGCAGCCACGAGGAGUCUCCCACAGACGCAGUGACCGAACAACAGGCCACCAGGAGGAGUCUGGUGAAGAUGCACUCCAUCAUGGCCCGGCAUCUGGAGAUCGACGACGUCCAUGACCCACUGUUGGCCAUUAACUUUGCCAGACUGUACCUGGAGCAGAGUGAUUUUCACGAGCGCUUCUCUGGUGGUGACUUCAUCGUGGAUCGCUCGUCUCAGUCGGUCACCUGUCAGACGUUUGAGCUCACACUGCGCUCGUGUCUCUACCCUCACAUCCAGAGGAGAUACAUCGAGUGCUGUGGAAACCUGAUGACCACGCUCAAGAAGGACUACAAGAUCCUUGAGUUCCUUCAGGCCAUGAGGAACUACUUCCUGCUGGAGGCGGGAGACACCAUGUACGACUUCUACACCUCCAUCUUUGACAAAGUGCAGGAGAAGGAGAGCUGGCAGCAGCUUUCCUUCCUCAACGUACAGCUGCAGGAGGCUGUGAGACAGCGUCACCCAGAGGACAGUAGCAGGUUGUCAGUGUUUUUGGAGAACAUUGACGCCUCCAGGAAAAAACAUCCUGUCAAUAACCUGGAGGUUCUGACUCUCAGUUACAAGGUUCCCUGGCCUGUUGACAUCGUGAUCAGCAGUGAGUGUCAGAAAAUCUACAAUCAAGUCUUUCUCCUGCUGCUGCAGAUCAAAUGGGCCAAAUACAGUUUAGACACCAUUCGAUUCAGUGAUCUCACCUCUGCCACGGUGAAACUAGAUGGCGCUGUGUGUGAGGAAGUGAAGAUCAGAGAGUCAGUGAAUCAACAGAUUCACCGCAUGUGUCUGCUGAGAGUCAAACUGAUGCACUUUGUCAACAGUCUGCACAACUACAUCAUGACCAGGAUUCUGCACAGCACAGGUCUGGAGUUUCAGCACCAAGUUCAGGAAGCUAAAGAUCUGGACCAGCUGAUCAAGAUCCAUUAUAGAUAUCUGGCAACAAUCCACGACCGUUGCCUGCUGAGAGAGAAGGUUAGUUUUGUGAAAGAAGCAAUAAUGAAGGUUCUGAACCUGGUUCUGAUUUUCUCUGACCGAUGGCAGGCUGGCUUUGGAGCCUGGAGGAUUGAGUCCAUCGAUAAAAUGGAGUCUGACUUCAAAAACUGUCACAUGUUCCUGGUGACGAUCCUGAAUAAAGCCGUGUGUCGUGGCUCCUUCCCUCACUUGGAGUCUCUGGCUCUGUCUCUGAUGGCAGGGUUUGAACAGUGCUGAGGACCAAGAGCUGUCACUGUGAUGUCACAGUGAUGUCACCAUAAUGUCACUGUGAUGUCACAGUGAUGUCACCGAAAUGUCACUGAUCUGAUUUAAAAAUGUGUAAGUAAAUGCUGUUACUCAUCUCUGUGUCAUUAAAGUUUAUUCAUGAGAACGUUGA